AUGGGUUCCCUUACACAGCAGCCUAAGCUUCCUGUUAUACACUUCUGUGAGGAAAACUUGAAGCCUGGUACAAAUUCUUGGCUAUCAACACGAAACAAAACCGUGCAAGCUCUUGAAGAGUACGGUUGUUUCGUAGCAGUGUAUGAUGGAGUUUCUUUGGAGCUUCACAAUGCAAUUUUUCGCGCAUCAAAAGCGUUAUAUGAUCUCGACGCAGAAACCAAAGCACAGAUCAGUUCUGAUACACCUAGUCAUGGCUAUGUUGGACAAGAGCCUUUAGUUCCUCUCUAUGAAAGCUUGGGCAUCGAAAACGCAAAAACUCUACAAGGGGUUCAGAAAUUCACUAAUCUCAUGUGGCCCUCCGGAAAUGAUUUUUUCUGUGAAACUGCACUUUCCUUCACAAAGGAAGUAUCGGAAUUAGAUCAAACUGUGAUGAAAAUGAUAUCAGAGAGUUAUGGUAUCCAGAAGUACUACGAGUCUCUCCUUGGGUCCACCACUUACCUGUUUAAACUUAUGAAAUACAGAGAACCAAAAGUGAAUGAGACUAAUAUUGGUAUCAUCCCCCACACGGACAAGAGCUUCAUGUCCAUUCUUCAUCAGCAUCAAGUUGAGGGUUUGGAGAUUAAAACAAAGGGCGACCUAUGGAUUCCAAUUGACCCUUCUCCUUCAUCUUUCAUUGUCAUGGCAGGAGACAUAUGCAUGAUACCAGAAGAGCUCGUCGAUGACACACAUCCUUUACGGUAUAAGUCAUUUCAUCACUACAAAUUUCUGGACUUCUUUCAUUCGGAUGAGGGCAGGAAAUCCAACUUCCCAAUCAAAGAUUAUUGUGGUGUUUGA